AUGGCAACCAGGCCUUCCUACAUCGAUCUUCGAUCACAGUCUCAUGGCCCUCUUGGAAAUGGCUUAUCUUCAUCGGCUCUACCCUCCCCACGGAGCUUGCCAUCACCCCGUCUCCAUGUCGCUGGGGAAGUUCCUCCUGAGCUUUCACCGCUCGAUGCCUUCGCAGCGCAGAGUCGACUGCUGGCUAAACAACUGGACGAGACUACGAGCUCAGGGAGGCGCCUAAGUCGAUUACCCCCUCUCAUGAUCGAGAAUACUUUCCUUCAGAAUCGCCCCGGAUACUUUCGCUCAGCGUCCUCAGAAGAUGCUGCUCAUACUCCGUCACCCAAGAGCCCUGGAGGUUUGAAGACAGAGGUAGAGAACCCGGCAUCGCGACCCGUUUCUAUCUAUCCUCAGGUAAGUGGGUCGCCACCACCCGUGCCUCCGGUACCCCCUCCUCGAUUUGAUGCGCACGACGAAGAGCAAUUUCGCGGGAGACCCACAAGCACCACCGCAGGGCCUACAUACUUUGGCGCAAGGAGGGAACAAUCGCCUAUGGCACUGGAUAGAGAGAAUAGGUCUCCCAGGGCGGGUCACUCUCCCUCUGGCCUACGACCUCGGCCUAGUGUGGACUCGAUCCGUCAACGUAGGGGACAAACGCCACUCAGAUCCCAAGAUGCCUCCUUGGCCACAGGAGGGUAUGAUUCUAGAGCACUGGCUCCUCCCCGGUCUCCUUUUCCGCAGAGAACACCUAGUCCCAGAUCGAUAUCAGAGAGUUCAGAUGAUGACCUUGCCAGCCGCGUUCAAACCUUGUCACCGCGUCGCAAACUCUCUGGCAGUAGCGGCAUGUCCACAUCACCUACCCGCUUUUCACCUGGGCUGCACUCUAUUGCGAGGUCACCAUCUAUAAGCUCAGAGAUAUCUGUUGGUGGUACACGUCUGCCGAGACCCACCUUCAACUUCUCUAGGCCGCUGAGCAGGGUGAGUACGAGCGGGCCGCCAGUUGAGAUUCCCUCCCGACAGGCAUCGUCAGAUAGUCAGCCUUCAUUCGUCUUGGCAGAUGAUACAGCAAACACACCCGUCAGCAUGCAUAGUGAAAGUUUCCCUGAUACUAAUAGCGAGACUGGUAAUGCUGCGCCUUCAUAUGUCUAUUCAACGUAUUCGUUGCCACGAGGAAAAACGCUGCAAAGAAACUCUUUGAUUUUCCAGGAGAGCCUCCCUCAAGCACAGUUCUCUUGGGAACAGCCAGUUCCGUUCAGCAAUGUUCAUCCUCUCCCGGGCGAUGCUCCGCCUUCGCCACCCUCACGGCCUUCUACCUCGUCGAAAGCAGAAAGCAGCCAUCCCUCACUAGAUACUAAUAGACCUUCCUUCGACCCAGGUCAAGCACCAUCUGAACCUGCAAGACUAUCGUACGAAAUAGGCAGAGAGUCUACAGAACACCAACGCAAAUCAGUGUACCAACCCUCUAAAGAACGCCCCACGUCCGCAUCUGCAGCCUCAUCGAGCACAAUCAAGGCCCCAUCACAGCAUGCAUUCGUAUCCCCCGCAGAAUGCUCUGCUGAAGAGCACGUCUCCAAAGCUAUCGAGUAUCAUGAGGCAGGAGCCUUGACCAAAUCCACCUACCACCUGCGUCUUGCAGCGCGGCAAAACCAUCCAACAGGAAUGCUCCUCUACGCUCUGGCGUGUCGACAUGGAUGGGGUAUGCGUCCUAACCAACGAGAAGGCGUGGAAUGGCUCCGAAGAGCUGCCGACGCAGUCAGUCUGGAGAUGGCCGAUGAUGAGGAUAUACUCAAGCAUGGAAAGACGGUCGAUCCCUUGGAGCUGAAGACGAGGAAAGCGCAAUUUGCAUUGAGUAUCUAUGAACUUGGUGUCAGCCACAUGAACGGGUGGGGUAUUGAGCAAGACAAGGCGCUUGCAUUAAGAUGUUUUGAGAUUGCUGGAUCUUGGGGAGACGCAGAUGCCCUAGCGGAGGCAGGCUUCUGCUACGCUCAAGGAAUAGGGUGUAAGAAAGAUCUGAAGAAGAGCGCCAAAUUCUAUAGGGAGGCAGAAGCCAAAGGAAUAAGCAUGAUUGGCAAUUCUUGGAUCUACAAGCCCAAAUACAACGACGAUGGAGAGAAAGACACGAGUAAGAAAUCGGCCGAACGAGGAAGAACGUCGGGAGAAAGAGAUUCCAGGUCGAGAAAUAAAUCAAGAACGAGGACCAUGUUCGGCAGGAUCAAAUCCCAUCCAAAAGAAGGGACCGAACCUCUUCCUGAUCGGUGA